CUACGUUCAGUAUCUAUGGUUAAAUUUGAAUUAUACGCAUACAGUAUACAGUUCAGCAGCUACGGGGUAGACAUGCUGUUUAAACAAAGUUAGAGUUUGGAUAAGCGCUGAUUUGAAGAGAUUUAAAUCACGGAGAUCUUGGUAAUAACCAACACGAUGAAUUAUGAACCUAACGAACGAGAUGGAUGUGGAUGUUGAAGGUGGCGGCGGCGGUGGUGGUGGUGGUAGCGUGGGAGAAAUAUGGACAGAGGCAUUGGAAAAUACCACAGCACAUGGAUUGGGAAAUGUUCUUCGCUACCGGAACAGCAAGUCCAGGAGAAUUAUGUGGAUAUUGCUUUUUCUGGCUGGACUAGGUGCGCUCAUCUAUUUCGUCAGCCAGUUAGCGGUUAAGUACUUCGAGUGGCCGACAGAGACAGAUGUCACGGUGGAACUAGAGCCCAGACUGGACUUCCCAGCCGUGACCAUCUGCAACGAGAACCCAGUAAAACGGUCCCAAAUAGCAGCGUCCUCCAGUUCAAGUUUGAACAAUUUGUUGGUGGAAGUUACACGGAAUCGUAGAGCGAGUACCUCUGCCCUUGGCUCCAGCGUGGCCUCGAUUUCGGGCUUGAGUGCGGCCUUAAUUUCGGCCACGGGUUUGGGUACGGGUUCAGCGUUGGGCUUAUCGUCAACCGGAACGUCUUCUUCGGGGCACGAUUACCUCUCCAAGUCAUCUAGGACGCAGUCACUGGAUCAGUUUCAGUAUCAGUUUGCCAAAUUGAACGACACAGAACGAAUGGCUAUCGGACACAAUAUGACAACAUUUUUGGUGGACUGUUCCUGGCAGGGAUAUCCGUGUGAUAAAAGCAAUUUCACGGAGUUUAGUGAUUACAAGUAUGGGAACUGUUUCAUCUUCAACUCGGGCAUGAACAAGACCGUCAGGUCCGCCGCCCGCGGCGGUCACACUUAUGGUCUCAGUCUUGAGCUGUACAUAGAACAAGAUGAAUACAUAAUGACGACAGAAUCUGCCGGGGUUCGCGUCACAAUUCACGAGCAGAACUCGAUGCCAUUCGCGGAGGAACACAGUAUUGUGGUAGCGCCGGGGAAGCAUACCUCCAUUGGAAUAUCAAAGAAACGCUUUGUCCGUAUUGACUCACCGUACGGAGAUUGUAAAAACUACACCGAGGAAGAAAACUAUGAACUCAAUGCUUAUUCUGAAUACUAUAAUUUAAUUGUGAAUUACAGUAGAGAGGCAUGUUUUAAAACAUGCUUACAGAGACAAAUUAUAAGAGAUUGUGGAUGUGCACACCCCAGUUACCCGGCUAAUGCAACUGCUCUCCAGGCUUCUUGGAAUAUAGCCUACAAUAAAAAUCUUACUAACAGUCGUGACGAUCCAGUGCUUUGCAACAUUGCUAACAGUACCACACACAUUGAAUGUGUUGACAACAUUGUGGAUAUGUACAAAAAAGGGCAGAUUACAUGCGACUGCCCUCCGAAAUGUGUGGAAGAUACAUUUGAGGCAAGUGUUUCAUCGAUGCGCUGGCCUUCCGACGUGUAUCAGAUGGAGAUGCUGCAAACUUUGAGUGCAUACGUGAAUACAGACUUAGAUCUACUUAAAAUGAGGAGAAACGUGCUGAAGGUGGAAAUUUUCUAUCGUGAUAUGAACCUCGAAACCGUCACCACGAACGUUGCGUAUUCGCUAACGGACCUUGGGUCGGACCUUGGCGGAAACUUGGGCCUGUGGCUUGGGGUGUCUGUUCUAACAGCCUGUGAGCUAUUCAAUCUGAUAUUGGACGUGAUACAGCUGGCUCUUCGAAACCACAAGAAAAACAGUAAAAAUAACCAUGUGAGUCCAGUGCACAAGAUAACAACUAAAGGAUUCUGAACAGUAUGAAUACAGGAGGAAAAAUAAAAGGAAGAGAAUCACACCAUUCCUACCACAAAAGAUUUUCACAAAAAUAUAUAUUAUAUAAACUGUUUAUUUUAAUCCAGAGGGUAUACUGGUUAACAGUGUCAUUUGAAUCUGUAUAAAAGAAGAUAAUCCCGCACACAAGCUUAUAAAUGUACACACACACAUGGAUUGAUGCACAAAACAUGCACAAAUGAGCAUACAUUCACAAAUGUACACAUGCAUGUACAUAUGUUCACAUGCCUCUCUUCUUGCUAUAAGUAACUGGCUCGCGCUGCCAG